AUGAAUUAGUAUUUGGCCACCCAUGACUCAAGUCUAAACACUUCUUUGUCAAAAUAAAAGUACUCAUUUCCAAGAGCCAGAAGAGAACCUAUUUAGAAUAAAUCAGCAACUGAUGAAUUAAGUUACAAAUUACCUUAAUCCUUGGGGACUAGGAUGGCUGGAUUCGGAUAUGGAUUCAAACAUGAUUUUUCCAAAGAUGCUAAGCCAGUCCCAGCUCCCAAUAUGUAUGAAUUAUAAUCGUUUGUUGAAAAUAAUAUCGACAAGAAGAAGGGACCAACCUUUGCUUAUAGCAGAGAUUAAAUGAAAGCCCAUGGAAUUUGGGGUUCUUUGAAUUACCUAUCUCCAGGUCCUGGUAGAUAUGCAUCAACAAAUUCCCUUACAGAUUCCAAAUUUACAUUUGGUCUCAAACCAGGAUCUUUAAAAUAGUUUAAUACUCCUGGACCUGGGUCUUAUGAAGCUCUUCAAAUCACAAAUGAAAGAGGAAAUCAAUUCAUUUCAAAAUUCAAAAGCUCUGGUGCUGCCAUCAUAGGCAAAGACUAAGACCGAUUUAAAACUUUAUAGACUUAAAAGAGUUUUCCUGAGCCAGCUAGCUAUGAUAUCUCGAAUACAGGAAUCACAGGAACAGGGUUCUGUCCCAAAAAUGGAUUCAAAUCAUCAGUCUUAAAUUCAUUCCCUAAAGCUACAAGGAAAGGACCUUUCGAUUUAGGAGCCAAGAGUCCUGGCCCAGGAUCUUAUAAAGCUUAUUCAGAAUUUGAAUGA